CACAAAAUUAUCAAAAAAAAAUAUCGCUUUAUUCAUCCACACAUCCAGGAGAAAGUGGGAGAGCGAGCGAGAGAGAGAGUGAGAUGGGUUUUAAGUCAUGGUUGAUGGCAGCGCUUCCGUUUGCAUCAAUGGUCAUUUUGGAAGGCCUGGAUGUGGGUUUGACUACACUAAGUAAAGCAGCCAUGGCUAAAGGCAUGAGUCAUUAUGUUUUUGUUGUUUAUUCCAAUGCUCUUGCCACUCUUCUCCUCCUUCCUUCUUCUUUCGUCUUCAACAGAAAAGCGAUACCCCCACUCACUUACUCCAUACUAUUCAAAUUCUUCCUCCUCAGUCUCUUUGGGAUCACUAUUAUGCAGAACUGUGUGAUGACUGCUGUGAAUUACAGCUCCCCUGCCCUUGGAUCUGCAAUAUCCCAAUUAGUCCCUGCUUUCACUUUCUUGCUUGCAGUCAUCUUCAGGAUGGAGAAGUUGGAUUUGGGAAGCUCUAAAAGCCAGAUCAAAAUCAUAAGCACAAUCGUAUCGAUUUCAGGAGCAUUGAUCGUGAUCCUCUACAAGGGCGCUCCUAUAAUUUCCUUAGACGUUCAAUCACAGCAGGAACCACUUCCCUCCAUUUUAUUGGCAAAGAUGAACAAUUGGGUAUUAGGAGGCCUUUUGUUUGCAGCUGCUGGCUUAUCUCUGUCAAUAUGGACCACGUAUCAGGCGGUUGUCGUAAAAGAGUACCCAUCACAGACGACUCUACUCACCUUCUAUUGCUUCUUUGGCACUAUUCAAUGUGCCAUUGUUUCCUUGAUUGCUGAGAGAAACCCAAAUACUUGGAAAUUGAGGCAUAAUAUUGAGUAUAUUUCUGUCAUUUACUCGGCUGUAUUUGGGACUGCAGUGACAUCUAAUGUGAUAACAUGGUGCAUACGGAAGAAAGGUCCUGUGUUUGUGGCCAUGUUCAAGCCUGUUGGCAUUGCUAUUGCUGCAUUUCUUGGCGUGAUCUUCCUCGGUGAAACGCUCCAUGUUGGAAGUAUUAUCGGAGCAAUCAUAAUUGUUUUCGGAUUCUAUGGAGUGGUGUGGUCGCAAUCCAAAGAAGAGGAAGAGAGCAGGAUCCUCGUACUCGAAGGGUCGCGAUUAGCAUCUCAGAGAGUCCCUAUCUUGGAAAAUCGCACAGAUGUGUAAACAACUACUAUGAUUUAUGGUUCUUCCACGAUGACAAGAACCUUGAACAAGGUUUUUCUUUUGUAAAAACAGAGAUAUGCCGGUUAAUGUUCCUUGAGAACUAUAUGUAUUGCCAUACUUGAUGUAAACAUGGCAACAUCCAUGGUAAAAUGUUCAUUUUUCUUACGAGAUUUGGUAUAUGGAUGUGAAGACGGCAUUUCUUAAUGGCUGUACAAAUUACAUUUUAUGAAAAUAAGAGGAUGAUGGUUUUUUUUU